CGAAAUAUCAAAAAACAAAAACCAGAGCCAAAAACCAUCCACCCGUAUACGUAGAUUAUUAAAUUAAAUAGGGACCCAAAGUUCAUGCCAGCUCGUCUUCUGACGACAUUUUCUUUAUCUUAUUUCUCUCUCUCUUUCGACCAAGUUUCCUAAGUUUCCUACCCUCUUUGGCUGCUGGUGUCUAUAUAUAUUAUCUUCAUCCUUUUUGGUUCACUUGGAAGUAGUGUUUUGCUGGAAAACUUGAACUGGGUUUUCUUUUUUCUUUUAAGAAUUAUCGAUCAAGGACUUGGAAGUUUUCUUUCAGUCAAAUUGAGGAAGGUUUUGCUUUGUAGAUAAGAAGGAAGAAAACCAAGACAGCUGCCGAUCAUAUAUUUAUAUAUAUCUCUUUCUAGCUAGCUCGACGGCUAUGGAUUUUUCUUCAUAUGUAGAUACUUCUUUGGACCUUAAUGCCAAGCCUCUUCGACUCCUAGAUGAUAAUCUGAAUAAAGAGGUUCAGAGCAAAUUUAUUGAUUUUGAGAAGAAGCUCUCAGCAAGAGAAGAGAGUGGAGCUCUAGUAGAGGAGUUGAACCGUGUAAAUGCAGAAAACAAGAAGCUAACAGAGACGCUAACGGUGAUGUGUGAGAACUACAAUGUUUUGAGGAGCCAGCUGAUGGAAUAUAUGAGCAAGAACUUAGCUGAAAAGGAGCUAACUCCAUCCAGGAAAAGAAAAUCUGAGAGCAGCAACAAUAACAGCACUGCCAAUAUCCUUGCAAUGAAUAAUGGGACCUCCGAAAGCAGCUCUACUGAUGAGGAAUCGUGCAAGAAACCUAAAGAAGAACCCACCAAGGCAAAGAUCUCAAGGGCUUAUGUCAAGACUGAAGCAUCAGAUUCAAGCCUUAUUGUAAAAGAUGGAUACCAAUGGAGGAAAUAUGGGCAAAAGGUCACAAGGGAUAAUCCUUGCCCUAGAGCUUACUUCAAAUGCUCAUUUGCUCCAAGCUGCCCUGUCAAAAAGAAGGUGCAAAGAAGUGUUGAGGACCAAUCUAUACUGGUUGCAACUUAUGAAGGAGAACACAACCAUCCUCACCCCUCACAAAUUGAAGCCACAUCUGGCUCAAAUCGUUGCAUGACCACAACACUAGGCUCCGUCCCCUGCUCGACCACUCUUGGUGCGUCUGGACCCAACAUUACUCUUGACUUCACAAAACCCAAGUCCAGUGCUAACGUCAUCGAUACCAAAAGUGCAAAACCAAGAAUGGAUUCGCCGGAAGUUCGACAUUUCUUGGUAGAUCAGAUGGCUUCUUCCUUGACAAAAGAUCCCAAUUUCACAGCAGCACUGGCUGCUGCCAUUUCAGGAAAGAUUUACCAAAACCGUACGUGAUCUGACACCAAAAAAGAAAGGAAAAAAAAAAAAACUCAAUACAGAGAAACCAUUUCCAUGAACCAGACUUGUCUGAAAAUUAGGGUGUUAUUUUCAUUUUGUAAAUACAAACUUAGAAGAUGAGAAAAAAUGAAAAAAGAAAAAUUGGUUAUAUACUUCGCAAUUUUGCUCAACUGAGUGACUGCAAAUAGGGUAUAUAUACAGCCAAUGAAAAAAAAAAAAAAAAAAUAGUUCACUUCUUCAGCUUUGGGCACUGGUCUUCGUUAGUAACGAUGCAAAAAGCAACAAGGAGGGACUUUGAAUAUGUAUUGAUUUCAUUGCGUCCUUUUGAGAUGCUUUGGGGGUUAUAGCUUUCUCCCAUUAAGACAAGCUCUAAAGAGAGAUAUUUUCAUGGUUUCAGAAUCCACGGUUUCAUUAAAGCCAGUUUUCCAGUUCUA